AUGGCAUCCUACCAAGAUAUCGCCUACCUAUCGCUUUCCAAAUUAAAUUCUAGCCAACACUCACGCACGGAGCCAAAACUAAGGCGCCAAGUACUGGUCAGAAACAUCCUCUUGACAUCCCUCUACCUCACACAACCAGAACCGCAGCAUUCCUACCCACAACAAUACCAAGCCAACGAAACCAGAUCACAGGAAGAGAUCUGGCUAGAUGCCUGCUUCGAAGCUUGUUUUGAUCAGUUAGACUACGACGAUGAUAUGAUUAUGGAUGAUGAAACAGACAACCAAGACCCAUGCUCAAAAGGCAACAACCGACUCGUACUAGCUGUCCCAUUUGACUAUGUGUCACCCGUAGGAUCCACUUCUCUACCACCAGAUCAUCAGUCGUUUGAAAAAGACGAGCGAAGGAUAGAACAGAGGCCGAUUGCUCUGAUCGAGUGGUCCUGGUGA